AUGAUAAUCCGUUCUUUAGUUAUCACCGCGAAACGGUAUUUUCGACUAAUCGCAUUUCUAUUUAUCGUCUUAUUCUUCGCAAUCGUUUUCGGCUUACUAGCAGGUCUAACAAUAUUCGAUCGUCAGCAUAAUCAUAUAAUACAUGACUAUGUUGCGCGUAACGAUGACCUCAUUGUGCUUUCAACGACCUACUACGAAAACUCGAAGAGCUUUCCCGAAAACACCGCGGUGAUUCUAUUCAACGCCGUUCAAGUGUUCCAUCUCAAAUACGCGCAUCUUGAUGUCGUUGCCGAAACAUUACAAGGAAAUGUUGAUGUAAAAUUUAGAAUUGAGCCAGUUAUAAAACAACUCCCAUUUUAUUGUAAAUGGGUCCCAUACUUGGCGAUCGGUCAGGUUCCCGACGAUCACGUCCUCCUCAAUCUCUCAACGAAUAAGCAAGACGGAAUGGAAUUGGCGCUGCGGACUCCGUUUCACACGCCGAAAAAAGUGGUCGCAUGCUUUUCGCCGCUUUUCCUCAAUGAACGUUGGCAAUUGUUGUUGGCGACCGUUGAGAUUUAUUCGCACUAUGGAGCUCAUUUACAUUUCUACGUGCGAUCAAUGAUCACCGAUUUGUUCGCAAUGAUAAAGGAAAAUAAAAAUGUUCGAGUCACACCAUGGUCGAAUGUGCGAUUGGGCGCGAAUCGCGCUGCAUCGAAUCAAUUCGAUCCGAACACCGAGCUCGAGUUUCGGAAUCAGGCAUCAGCGAUGACCGAUUGCUUAUUGCUAUACAAGGAAUCGGCAACGUUUGUCAUUUUUCCCGAUCCCGAUGAUAUAAUCAUUCCAUCAAUAGCGAGAACCUAUGAGGAGGAGUUUGUCAAGAUCUUCGAUAUGUUCCCGACGGCCGGCGCGAUCGCUUACAACGUGACGCAGUCAAUAGUGGAAUCUACGACCUCAACAUCUCGCUACUCGCCGCUCGGUUUAAUGUCGUCGAUAAAGUUCGAGGGCGAGCAACGUUGGGGAAAACUCGUCGUGAGGCCCGAACGCGUCGACAGCGUCUGGAUUCAUCGAGCGUUCGGAAUACGCGAUGGAUUCGAGCAGGUCAGCCUUCCUGUCAACAUCAAUUCGGUCUUGCAUUAUCGCACGUGGAAUUUUGUGGAAAAGACGAAAAGAAAUAUUUCAAGCAUGUCUGACAUCCCGUAUUACGAUCCGGAACGCGUGAAUGCUACCCAACGUCGAGUUUUCACUUUAAGCGAUGGUCUGAAAAUCGAAAGGAAUUUCAAAAAGAAGAUCAAGAAGAUGUAUAAGGUCUACCAUCGCCUGCCAACAGUUUCACUAUACUAUCCACUCAUCGAAGAAUGCUAUAAUCGAAUAUUCUACAAGGCCAGUGACAUGGGCAGCGUGUGCAAGGGUCCCGAAUACUGCAACAUUCCCAUGUUUCCGGGCAUGCGCUGCACGAAUGUAGCCAGCGAGUUUGUGACAUACAACAAUUAUCAAAACGUCUUCAUUCAUCAAUUGAUCUCCAGCGAUUUCGAAGACAGUGAAAACGGCUGCACAUUGUAG